AUGGAUAUUUUAGCAAUGUCCAAACUACCUUGUUUUCUCAAUACUUCGCCAAUCAGGGGCUCUUUUAACAGCUUCUUCUGGCUUUAUAAGGACUCCUAUUUGGCGAACUGGUGCUUCAACCAGAACUUCUUGUCAGUUUUGUUGCGAUGUUUCGGCGUUCUAGUUAUCUCAUUUCAACGAUAUGUCUCACUUUGUGAACAUGGUCAUCUAAUUGAGCAGAUCAUCAACAGUUCACAUCGAUGGAUUCUUCCUGUUCUCCAAUGGGUAGUGCCAACAGUAUAUUCAAUCCCACUUCUCCUCUUCAGUAAUGCCACUUUUGUGAGUUCACAGGACAUGGAGGUGCUGGCUGAAAGACAAAGUAUAACGAUUGCUACGUCAAUGACAGCUCUUUUCGUCUCCAUCACUUUCAUACUGUGCAGCUUAUGCUAUGGAACCAUAUUGAGAUUUCUGAUCAAAAACCGGAAGAGUAGCAGCGUGGCAAUGAAGCGAGAGCGUCGACUGUGUGUACAGUUUUUGGGCCUUUUUGUCGGCUUCGCACUCUUUGUCGUUUUUUACAGUUUGCAAUUCACUUUCUCGCUCCAAUCCAAUGUAAGUGACAUGACAACUACAGCAUGUGUGAUGACCCUAAAUUACACCUUCCCCAUAGCGGAAUUCCAAACAAGAGAACAUUGCCUGGAUGGUUUCAAAGUACAACCAAACUUUGGAUAG